CGGGGGCCGACCCUGGUGCCGGUUCCUGCUGCUGGUGUGAUGACAACAGCAUCUGAGAAAUAAAACACCAGAGAACCAGAGCUCAUGACUGAUCCUUCUGCAGCCAGUCCAGCCUAGGGGUCACCCCGGCACCUCCCUCAGUGACUGGUAUCACAAGGGAGACUUAGGAACUUGCAAACCUUUCUCUACGACAUGAAACUUUGGGGGCGAAUACUUUGGACCCUCCUAUCUGGUUCCAGGGGAAGGAGGGGAGCCCCCCAAGGCUGGGCCCUCAACUCAUGGAAGCCUCGUUCAUCUCUGUCUGGGCUGUUGAGUGCCACAGAGGUGGUCAGCCACUGGACACAGGUCUUUGAGCAAAGGGGUAUCCCAGAGGCCCGGGAGUCCAGUGAGUACAUCGUGGCCCAUGUUCUUGGAGCCAAAACAUUUCAGAGCCUGAGACCAGUACUUUGGACCAAGCCACUGACCCCUAAACAACUGCAGUACAUCCAGGAACUGUGCAGUCAUCGAUUACAGAGGAUGCCGGUGCAGUAUAUCCUUGGGGAGUGGGACUUCCAGGGACUCAAUCUGAAAAUGGAACCCCCAGUGUUCAUUCCUCGGCCAGAGACGGAAGAACUGGUUGAAUGGAUUUUAGAGGAAGUGGCCCAGAGACCCUCUGCAGUGGGAGCCCAGGGUGGUCCCCUCAUUCUGGAGGUGGGCUGUGGAUCAGGAGCCAUUGCCCUCAGCCUGCUGAGUCAGCUCCCUGAGAGUCAAGUCAUUGCUGUGGAUAAGGGAGAAGCUGCUGUUCGUCUGACCCAUAAGAAUGCUCAGAGAGGUGCAAUGAGGGUUGUCUGGCGUUGGUCCCAUGGCUUUAUGGAUGGACGGACUGUGAGCAGUGGCUGUAUUGCUGGUCCAAGAAGGGCUCAUUUUCCCUACUGGUCCUUGCAGCCAAGGGUAACGGCUCACAUCCUAUGCUCACCGCCACCUCCCCAUCUCUCCAGGCUGCAGUUGCAGGACAGGAUACGGAUCGUUCCCCUUGAUAUAACUUCAGAAGGGUGCUGGACACACCUUUUGCCCUGGGGUCCCAUAGACUUGGUGGUCAGUAACCCUCCCUACGUCUUCCACAAGGACAUGGAACAGCUGGCCCCAGAGAUCUGCAGCUAUGAAGACCUGGUGGCCCUGGAUGGUGGUGAGGAAGGCAUGAACAUCAUUACCCGCAUCUUAACCUUGGCUCCCCGGCUAUUGAAUGCCUCUGGAAGUAUCUUCUUAGAAGUGGACCCAAGACACCCAGAGCUUGUCAGCAGCUGGCUUCAGAGCCGGCCCCACCUGCGUCUUAGUCUUGUGGCUGUACGGAAAGACUUCUGUGGGAGGUCCCGGUUCCUGCAUGUCCGGAAGUCUGCAGCAUAGUGUGGCUACUCUGAACAGCUGGCCAGGAUUCCAGUCUGCUGGGGGCCUGGCUGGCCCUGCAUGGAAUACUGCUCAGAGGGAGGCAGUAAUGCUGUCCAGAACCACAGGCAUGGCCCAUGGUUCUGCGAUUCCCCAAGAUGGAUGUUGCUAGGAGACUUGGAAAUAAGGAUGGAGUGUUCUUCCUGGGGCAGCAAAGAACAGAGACUCGAGAGCUGGGUUUCAGGCCCAGCUCUUUCUCCUCAGUGUCGCGGUCUACUUGGUGUCCUGUGGUGAAACCGCUGAGAAGAUACUGGGAAAUGUGGCCAGUUAGGUACCGAGAGAACAAUAAAUGGUAGACCAGCGUUUGUUAGCAGUAUCUGUUGGCCCUUGUCCUCUGUAUAGGAUUAGGCCUUAGAGCCUCCUACUCCAGUAAGUCGAGCAGACUGUGUGAUAGGGGUGGGGCCCAGUGUAAGGAGAGCACAUGAUGGGGGUAGGGGUAUGAGGCUUAAUCCUGCCCUUAGACACUGUAGGGGCUGCACAGAAGAGCUCAUUCUUUGGGUUAACAUCGUUUACCUCCAGCCCGGGUAUGCCUAUGUACCCUUCCUUGACUGGGCCCAGACUGAGCAUGGGGGCCAUAUCUGAGGAUGAGGGUGGAGUUGAGGGUUUUUUGACACAUGAUCCUGGGGUUGCAUGCCCACACUGAUGUCAGUGAAGGUUUGAGACAGUAAGGUGGAAAAAACCCCACAGGACUUUUGUUUGCUUUUAUUGAACUUCCUUUCCAAAUGUGGAAAUUCAAAUUUGGAGUUCAAAUAACCCACAAUAUAUCUCCCCGGCUGAUGCACCCAACCAAGUGUGGUCACUGAAUCAUGACCUUUGCUCCAGCUCUGGGCAGAUUCACGGCUACCAGGAGGCCCAAAGAUCAGGUACUGUCAACAGCAACAGGAAGCUUCUCAGUGCUGAGUGUUGAUGCAAGAUUGCAUCUGGGUAGUUCGUCAAGUGUUGAAGACUAAACACGUCCAUUCUACCUGACUCUUCCCUGCCCCCAGGGCCUUACCUAAGGUGCAACAGCCAGAGACAGUGUGCGCUGAUAGGCAACAAACAGCACCACCAAAGCCAAGACAGCUGGGUACCAGGUCCAGUCUUGGAGUUGGACCCAGUUACCGCCUUUCUCCGAGGUAUGGACUCUUCUCAGUCCAAGCGUGGUACAGGAAGUAGCGUUGCUUUAUUCUGUUCUAGAUCACCAAGGUAGAACAUGCAUGCUGGCAUCUAGAUCACCAAGGUAGAACGUGCAUGCUGGCAUCUAGAUCACCAAGGUAGAACGUGCAUGCUGGCAUCUAGAUCACCAAGAUAGAACAUGCAUGCUGGCAUCUAAAUGCCCACAGUCCAGGCAGGAGGGUCAGACUGCUAAGAGAAGGCCUGCCUGAAGUCCCAUGA